UCCCACUGGCAGUGUUCCCCACACAUGAAUGAUCUUCCCCACACAUGAAUCAUCUUCCCCCAACCUCCCAACUCCAAUACAGCUCCCAUCAUUCUAUUAUAUAUAAACAAACCAUUUCCCCCUUCCUCUUCCAUUCUCAAAACUCAACACUCCAUUCCAAUGGCUUCCUUCUCCAAUUUCUUCCUCCUCCUAACCCUAAUUUCCUCCUCCCUUUCCAUCUCCCAUUCCCUCACUUGCUCUUCCCAAUCCUUCCCAGACAGAACCUUCACCAAUUGCCAAGAUCUCCCCUAUCUCAACGCCUUCCUCCACUGGUCCUACAAUCCCACAAAUUCCUCUCUCUCCAUCGCCUUCCUCGCCCCUCCCCCCACCACCGCCGGCUGGGUCGCCUGGGCCGUCAACCCCACCGCCACCGGCAUGGCCGGAUCCCAAGCCUUCCUCGCCGCUUUCUUCGCCAAAUCCCUCACUGUCCGUACUUUCAACAUUACUUCGUAUAACUCCGUUCGUCCUUCCCCCACGCUCUCCUUUCCCUUCUGGGACCUUGCAUCCGAAUCUUCCGACGACUUGUUUGCGAUCUUCGUUACCGUGAAAGUUCCGGAGAAGGCCUCGUCGUUGAACCAAGUUUGGCAAGUUGGGCCGUCGGUGGAUUCGAGUACGGGUGUUCCUGCGGCGCAUGAGUUUAAAUCGGAUAAUUUGAAAUCAAGAGGCGUGUUGGUUUUUGAGGGGAGUGCUGGUGCUCCUAGUCCUGCUCCACGCCCUGAUCAUGGUGGGGCGUCCACUGCAACUUCACCUUCGGUGGUUGGCGGUGUUAACGAAACUGCUGCUGCGCCCACUCCCAAGGCGUCGGGUCCUGAUAAAGGUGGGGUUCCCGGAAUUAAACGCCGGAAUUUGGGUUGUGUUGUCCUGAGUUGGUUUGUGUUUGCUGUUUGGGGGAUUUUCAGUUUCUGAUUUUUAUUUUAGUUUAGAACUCUUGUUUGGGACUUUAUUUUUUUUACUAAUAAUGAAAUAAAAACAUCUUUUAUUUGAA